UAGUAGCCAUUUUCCAUUUCCACCAAAAAAGAGAACAAUUAACAAUUCUAAACUUUGUCAUCAAUAGAGACUCUCUUCCUUCUUCUCUUUUUUCCUUUCCACACCUAAAAACUUUAAACAAAACAAAAACAGAACAACAAGAAAAACUUCAGACCAAAUUUGUCCCUCAAACGUUGUCAACAAUCAUCAUCAUCAUCAUAUUUCUUACACAGAUCUGUUGAGUUGAUCCGCUAAUCAAUGGAUAGUUCCUAGUUUGGUCAGUAAUGGUUUGAUGGGAAUGUGAUUGAGAGGUUUAACUCGACUGAUUCGGUGAGUGUUGUGAAGCUGGAAUGCAGAAAACUAAUCUUCUGGAAUCUGGUUCUAUCAUGAAGAGGUCUAAAAGUAAAAAGACAGCUUUGGCUUCUCAAAAUGUGUAUGAUUGCGUUGCGACGGGACAUGAGGACAGGCUCGGCGACAUGCCAGAUUGCAUUCUUCAUCAUAUUUUGUCGUUUAUGGAGACAAGACACGCAAUUCGAACUUGUGGUUUAUCGAAAAGGUGGAGGUAUAUUUGGACUUCAAUUCCCUGCUUGUACUUCAACAGCAAAUCAUUCACACGGUUGGUUGAUUUCAAGAAGUUUGUAUUGUGGGUUCUAUCUCAUCGCGAUAAUUCUCAUGUCAAAGUUCUCAUUUACUAUCGCUUUGGGGUAGAUUACGCGACAGAUCAGUAUCUUUUCAAUAAGGUUAUUGAAUAUGCAGCAUUACAUGGUGUCCAAGAAAUCAGAAUUAAUCUUCGGGCAAAAACCUCUGGCUGUCCACCAAUUGAAAUUCCUUUGCCUCUUUUUACUUGCCAAUCGUUGAAAAGGCUCGAGUUAAAAGAUUGCCAACCUACCAAUAUCUCAUCUCCUUUUGGUUGUAAAUCAUUGGACACAUUGCACCUGGAACAUUUUUCAAUGUUUCCUACUGCAGCCGACUUUUCAAAUCCAUUUGCAAGUUUGUCCGAACUUUUUGGUUUUACAACAUUGACAGCAUUGCACCUAAAUAACUUUGCGCUAUGUUAUACGGGAAUGGAGUGUCUGGAUCCAUUUGCUAAAUGUUUCAAUUUGAAAAUUUUGCAAUUAAGUGAAAUGUCCUUUAAGUCAGAUUUGAGUCCUAAGGAUUUUGUGAUAUCUGCUCCCAAACUCAGUAACUUGAGUCUUAUUUGCAACCGAUUUAGAUGUAAGAUUGUAGUUGCUUCACCAAAGCUUCUCAAUUUCACUUACUUGUAUUCCACACCAUGUGCCUUCUUUGAGUAUAGUCUUCCUUCUUUGGAUGGUUUGAUCAUUGAUAUUCAUGAAUUGCCCGAGCCUUUGGAAAAAUCUCAUCGAAAUAAAAGAGAGGAGACUUUACAUGGUUUGAUCAAUAUGUUACGGGGACAUCAUAAGGCUGAAGCUGUUAAACUAUCCUUCUGUACAGUUGCGGUUACAUGUGGGGCUGCAGCCUUAGAAAAGCCGGAAUGUUUGUCUUAUAGUAAAUGGAAGUCAUUGGACUUUGGAGUGGGAUCAACAUAUAAAAUCUUCAUCAACAAACUUGACCAUAUAACUGCCUACUUCCGCAAUUGUUCUCAGCAUGUAGACUUCGAGAUUGUGAAUAUUUAGAAGAUUUUGAAGGAUACUUUGCACAGAAGGUUUGGCUUAUGCAUUACUGAGGUGAAAGUUAACCCAACACUUGGAUCCUUAUUGCUUGGUAUGGUUUGAAUGGAAAAGGAUUCAGAUGUAAUCUUUUAUGUGGAUAAUUGUAGUAAUAAAACAAGAUAUAAUGAAAUAGAAAUUUAAAUACAUUACAAUUUUGUA